GCUAGUGGAAGAAAGUAGUGACAUCCAAAACACUGGGUUCAAUGCCACUCUAGAAACCAAGCUGGUUAUCCAUGGAUUCAGGUGGGAGCCAGCCAACCAAUAGAAGCACCUCAGCUGAGAACUAGAAAAUGACCACAAUGCCAUAGGAAGUUAGUGGGGAACAAGAGGAGAAAUGGAUUUAUUGCCUGUCACUCACCCUAUCACUCACCUCCUGCUGACUUUGAAAAUGUCUCUGGAUAAACAUGAUCAGACGUUGGGUUGUUCUUUCUCGUUAGUCAUAUAUGUUACUCCUCUGCUCAGUCUCAUCUACACACUCUCAAACAGUAAAUAUGUGUGACCCUGGACAAGUCACUCCAGCACACAGAGCCUUGGUUUCCAUAUCUGAGUAAAAGGGAUAUUGUAGAGAUGGUCUCAGUGAUCCUUUCCUCCCUGAAGCGGGGGCUACAUGAUUCAUCUCAACCAAUGAGGUCACAGGUUUUGUGCAAUCGCUCAGGGUAACAUCGUGGUGUUUUUAUCCAGGGUUUUAUUUCCUCUUCUUCACUUCUUCCUGGGUUUCAUGACCUAAGAAACUUCCACUUAUGAGUACUGUUUCCAUCAUUGCCAGAGGUUAGCAUUUCUCAGGCGCUAUAUACUUUUCUUCAACUUCUUUGAUGCCCUACAGUCCAAAUUUUGUUGUAAUAUAUUGUCUCCUGAGUCUCAAUUCAGUCACCAUCCUUCCUUCCAUCAUAUUCUCUCUCCAAAGCCCACUGACAAAGCCAGAAACAGAGAAAGGUUGCUGGGAGGAAACAGGGAGAACAUGGGGUGACACAGUGGUACUCUGGAGUAGCUGGAGCUGGGAGCACUCGGUGAAGAUGUGGGCAGUGAGGCACUGCACAAAGGAUCAUGGUUUUCUCAUCUUUGGGUUCUCUCUGCCUCUCAAAUCCCUGACUCCAGGGACCCAGCCACAUCUUUCCUUAGGCAUCCCUUCUCACUCUUGUGCCAAAAUCUCUCCUCUAGCAAAUUGUGUAUUCGGGCACUAUUUGAGACUGAGUGUGUACUCUCAACCCAGAGAGAGCAAGUGGAGCUGGAGAGCCCAGCAGCCUCGUCCCACUGUCUGCUCCCAGAUGCUCCCAAAGCCAUGUUCCAUGGCACACACCCCAUCUGGGCACCUCUGUCCCAUGAGCAUGCUCUCUGGGCUUUUGAGAAGACUUCUUUCCCAUUCCCAAUCUCUUGGGGAGGCUUUCUGAAUAUGUCUUAUUUUUCUUUAUUUCUCACAAAGCACUUAGCAUACUGCCUGACCCACUUGUUGAAUGAAUGAAAGGAUGAAUGAAUAAACAAGUGAAUGAAAACAUCCUCAAGGAAAGUGCCUGUAUUAUGGAAUGAUAAUUAAGAUCGUAAAUCUUAACUCUAAGGGCUUUAGGAACAAAGCCUUCCUGGAUUGAUAAAUUCAUCGGCGCCCUUCUGCAGGCCACAGAUGCUAAUGUGGUCGCCGUGGACUGGGUCUAUGGCUCUACAGGUGUCUACUUCUCAGCCGUGGAAAAUGUGGUUAAGCUGGGACUCGAGAUCUCUCGUUUCCUCAGUAAACUCCUGGCUCUGGGUGUGUCACAGUCCUCAGUCCACAUCAUUGGUGUCAGCCUGGGGGCCCACGUUGCGGGCAUGGUGGGACAUUUCUACAAAGGCCAACUGGGACGGAUCACAGGCCUGGACCCCGCUGGACCGGAGUAUACCAGAGCCAGCCUAGAGGAGCGCUUGGAUGCUGGGGAUGCCCUCUUCGUGGAAGCCAUCCACACAGACACAGACAAUUUGGGUAUUCGGAUUCCUGUCGGACAUGUGGACUACUUCGUCAACGGAGGCCAAGACCAACCUGGCUGUCCCAUCUUCAUUCAUGCAGGCUACAGUUAUUUGAUCUGUGAUCACAUGAGGGCUGUGCACCUCUACAUCAGCGUACUGGAGAAUUCCUGUCCACUGAUGGCCUUCCCUUGUACCAGCUAUAAGGCCUUCCUUGCUGGACACUGUCUGGAUUGUUUCAACCCUUUUCUGCUUUCCUGUCCAAGGAUUGGGCUGGUGGAACAAGGUGGUGUCAAGAUAGAACCACUUCCCAAGGAAGUGAAGGUCUACCUCCAGACCACUUCCAAGGCUCCAUACUGUGUGCAUCACAACCUUGUGGAGUUCUACUUGCAGGAGCCGAGAAACAAGGACACCUGUAUCACAGUCACCUUCCUUGGCAGCAAUGUCACCUCGUCGGUCAAGAUCACCAUACCUAGACAGCAACGCCAUGGGAAAGGAGUCAUCGCUCACCCCAACCCUCAGUGCCAGAUAAACCAAGUGAAACUCAAGUUUCAGGCUUCCCACCGGGUUUGGAAAAAAGACCGGACGACCAUUAUCGGAAAGUUCUGCACUGCUCCUUUGCCCGUCAAUGACAAUAAAAAUAUGGUCUGCUUACCUGAGCCAGUGAACUUACAAGCAAGUGAGACUGUUUCUCAUGACCUGAAAAUAACCUGUAUAUAGUAUAAGGGCAGGAUCCAGCUCCCUGGAUUGGGGGUGGGGGGUGUGGGUGUUCAACUUACUGUAAGCCAUUACUAGUAAGAAGGAAGGCUAAAUUCCUUAUUUUACCCAUAAUUACAGAUAAUUAUGUAGAGAGCUUUAUCUCCAUUGUCUAUUCAUAGAGCCUUACAAAGAUACCGUAUGAGCUUUCCUACUUACACUUAACUGAAACUGCCUCAUAUCCUUGGGCAUCUGUACCUAGAAUUCAAUAGAAACCUAUACAGGGAAAAGUUGUGUUUUUUUCCCAAAUAAAACUCCAUGGAAUAUCUGAA